CCCUCGUGUCCAGAGAUAAGGCUAAAGCUCACCGUCCAUCGUCGUCCUCCGACCUCAAGCCCCCUCUCCGAGCUGACACGACCAGCUUCAGCACUUCAGUUCGGCUCCGUCCCCGAGUUCGGCAGCCGAGGCGAGUGGGGCAAUGGUGGCUCCCGCGACGCUGUCCCUCCGCCCCUUCGCGACCCUCGCGCCGUCCCGCGCCGCGCUGCCCCGCGUCGGCGCCGGGUUCGCGCUCCCGCCCGCCGUCUCGUGCCAGCCGAGGCGGCGGCGCCUGUCGCUCCGCGCCGUGGCCGUCGACUCCGACCAGCAGGGCUCCCCCGAGCCUCCCGAUCAGGAGGCGAAGCCGAAGAAGUACCACUUCCUGGUGGCGAACGCCAAGUUCAUGCUGGACGAGGAGGAGCACUUCCAGGAGCAGCUGAAGGAGAAGCUGCGGCUCUACGGGGAGCGGGAGAAGGAGCAGGACUUCUGGCUGGUGGUGGAGCCCAAGUUCCUCGACAGGUUCCCCAACAUCACCAAGCGCCUCAAGCGCCCCGCCGUCGCGCUCGUCUCCACCGACGGCAACUGGAUCACUUUUAUGAAGUUGAGGCUAGACAGGGUCUUAGCAGAACAAUUUGAAGCAGAAACGCUUGAGGAGGCAUUGGCUUCUAACCCGGUCGACUUGAAAUUUGACAAGCCUGAGAAAUGGACAGCUCCAUACCCCAAGUAUGAGUAUGGAUGGUGGGAGCCCUUUCUACCUCCAAAGUCUAGCAAUGGAACAGCAUAGAGAUGAUCGGCAAUCCAUAUGAGCAAUGUAAGAUUUCUUCCAUGCAAGUGCCCAAAUGUAAUCUAAAUUUUUAACAAUGCCUAUGUAAUACUUGGGGUGCUGUGAGUACAGUUAGCUACAAUAGUUGCAGAGUUGCUGUACUUUCUGGUAAUACCAGAUAAGCAGUGGUUUUGUUUUGGAAGAUUGUGGACGGCUGUGGUUGGGGUAUAAUUUUCUUCAUGAUGCACAUUGCUGUCUAUGUUGUAAAUUUUAUCACGGGAAAAAUGCAGUCUUCCAGGUCCUAUAUAA